UUCCGUGUUUAAUGUUAUUUUGCUUAAAAACACAAAACAAAACAGAAAUUGCCGGUCUUAUUUAGUAAGAGGAUUAUAAAGAACUUGGCAUUUUUGUGAAUAAUGAGACUUUAAAAACCGGCCUAUUAAAACAAAACACAAUAAGUCGCGAUGUCACAGCAGCAACAGGGCUCAAAGAAAAAAGAUAAACACAUUUUUUCAGGAAUCUGCCCGGAUCCAAAAUGCCAGGCGAGAUUAUUCUUUCCUGCUUAUGGAUCAGGUAGUAUAGAGUGCACGGACUGUGGUCAGCGUCAUGAGCAGAAAACGCUUUUGAACGUUAAAGAAAUAACUGACCCGGACGUGGUGCUGCAUAAUCUGCUGAGGAAUGCUUUGCUUGGAGUCACUGGAGCUUCCAAGAAGGGUACUGAGCUGGUCAAGGUAAUGGGACUGUCCAACUACCACUGCAAGCUGUUAUCACCUAUUCUAACUAGAUAUGGCAUGGAUAAACAGACUGGGAAAGCCAAGUUACUGAAGGAGAUGAAUCAAGGGGACAUGUUUGAUUGUUCUCUUCUGGGAGAUCGUGCUUUUCUUAUUGAACCAGAACAUGUAAAUACUGUUGGGUAUGGCAAAGAUCGGUCAGGCAGUCUAAGCUAUCUGCAUGAUACAUUAGAAGAAAUAAAGAAGUACAGUGGCUAUCAAGAAUGCUUGAUUCCUGUUCACGUUGACGGUGAUGGACAUUGUUUGGUUCAUGCAGUGUCUCGGGCCCUAGUAGGUAGGGAGUUAUUUUGGCAUGCUUUAAGAGAAAAUCUUAAGCGGAAUUUUAAACAACAUUUGGAUAGUUAUAAAGCACUCUUUCAGGACUUUAUUGAUGCUGCAGAGUGGGAAGAUAUUAUUAGUGAAUGUGAUCCUUUAUUCAUCCCACCUGAAGGGGUACCACUAGGUCUUCGUAAUAUUCAUAUAUUUGAAUUAGCAAACGUGUUGCAUCGUCCCAUAAUUUUGUUAGAUUCUUUAAGUGGAAUGAGAAGUUCAGGAGAUUAUUCAGCCACUUUUCUUCCUGGGUUAAUACCUGUUGAAAACUGCAUGGGAAAAGAUGGACAGUUGAAUAAGCCUAUUUGUAUUGCAUGGAGUAGUUCUAGUCAUAACCACUAUAUACCACUUGUUGGAAUAAAAGGUGCUUCCUUGCCAAAAUUGCCUUCUAGAUUGCUUCCUAAAGCUUGGGGUGUUCCUCAGGAGCUCAUUAGGCGUUACAUCAGGUUAGAAACGGAUGGCAGUUGUAUACUUGGUGGAGACAGAAGUCUUCAAGACAAAUAUUUGUUAAGACUAGUUACUGCAAUGGAAGAAGUAUUCAAGGAAAAACAUGGCAUCCAUCCAUCAUUAGUAGCAGAUGUUCAUCAGUAUGUUUACAGGCGAACAGGGGUGAUAGGUGCACACCCUGAUGAAGUUACAGAAGCUGCAAAGAAGGCAGUGCUGGAAAAUCGUUUACACAAGUGCUUGAUUUGUGGAGCACUCUCUGAACUCAAUAUUCUUCCAGAAUGGUUGGCCCCAGGUGGAAAGUUGUAUGAUCUGGCAAAGGCUACACAUGGUCAACUCAGAUCUGACAAGAACUACAGCUUCCCAUUGAACAACUUGGUGUGUUCUUAUGAUCCUGUAAAGGAUGUUUUAAUACCAGAUUAUGGGGCAAGCAGCCUUAAUGCCUGCAAUUUAUGUUCUAGUGCCUCAGUGCGGCAUGUCCGAGGGGAUGGCUCAGUUGUAUAUAUGGAUGGAGACCAAACUAAUAUCAGAUCAAAUGGUGGCAAAUGUGGCUGUGGAUUUAAACAUUAUUGGGAAGGUAAAGUGUACGACAAUCUUCCUGAAGCUUUUCCCAUUACUCUGGAAUGGAAUGGAAGAGUUGUGAGAGAAACUGUGUACUGGUUCCAGUAUGAAAGUGAUUUGUCUCUGAACAGCAAUGUUUAUGAUGUUGCUAUUAAGCUUGUUACCAAGCAUUUUCCAGGUGAAUUUGGAAGUGAGAUUUUGGUUCAGAAAGUUGUCAACACAAUAUUGCAUCAUACUGCUAAAAAGAACCCAGAUGAAUAUACUCCUGUCAGUAUAGAUGGUGCUCAUGCACAGAGAACAGAUGACAUUCAGCAGAGGCAGCCUUCAGAUCCCCCAACAAAAAUUAUUCUCACUGGUCAGAAAAGUAAAACAUUGCAUAAAGGAGAGUUGAAUAUGAGUAAAACUGAAAGAACGAUUCAGCAGAAUAUUACAGAACAUGCGUCUGUAGUGCAGAAACGCAAGACAGAGGCGCAAGAGCAAAAAGGAUUAGGAAGGUCUGUUUCCCCCAUUUCUGCUCAAGUUGGUACCUCAUCUGCUCCUGUUACUCCCACAAAAACACCAUACUCUCCGUCUGCCAUAAAAGAAAAAAAGAUCAGAAUCACAACCAAUGAUGGACGCCAGGCAACACUGACUCUUCAGCCGUCUACAACAUUUGCUGAUUUGCAGGAAAGCAUAGCCAAAGAAUUUAAAGUGCCUCCCCAUUUACAAAGUAUACACUGUGGCUUUCCACCAAAAGAACUUUUGCCUCCUAAGGAAGAAGAGAAAAAUGAGCCAGUUUCAUUGCAACAUGGUGACAGGGUAACAGUAGAAAUUUUGAAGGAUGUUAAGGAUACCGCAGAUGAAGUAAACUUGCAUGCUUCAGUAUCUGUGGCCCAUUCUAUAAAAAAAGAAGAUGCUUCAGGUUUUGGUAAACUGUCCAUGAAAGAACAGCAAGAACAUAUAGAUCUGGAAAUGUCAUCACUGUGUCUUCUGGCAACUUUGAUGGGUAUGUAA